AUGCCGCCUGCACCAGCGGAUACGAGCGAACAGCCCACGUUGCGCGUGAUGCGGCUGUACAAGCCCCGAUUAGAUGGUCGCAGAGUGCUUCCGCCCUGCUCCGCAGCUACCCCCUCUGAUCCUAUGUCGUUGGGAUCGACGAGGGGGGAGGGCGACUUCGCUCUCAGCAGCGCCCUCAAACUCCCUGAUAGCUUCGGGAACAUCUACCUCGGCGAGACUUUCACGGCCUACAUCAGCGUGCUGAACCACAUGUCGACGACGGUGCUCGUUAACGCGUCGCUGUCGGCCAAGCUUCAGUCCCCGACGGGCCGGGUGGAUCUGGAGGACAGGCGCACGGCGAGGGGUGCGAGCGUGUCUCGCCCAAACCCGGCCCCCCUGCUCAGCCCCUCGGAGAACCUGGACAUGAUCGUGGAGCACACUCUGGAGGAACUCGGCACGCACACGCUCAGGGUUACGGUGAAGUACCACGUGGCCGGUGAUCCCGAAGGGUCUGAGCCGCGCAGCAUGCGCAAGUUUUACCGGUUCUCGGUGAUGAACCCCGUGAGCGUGAAUCCCGUCUGCACAGCGGUGAGGGGCAGCCCCUUCGUGGAGGUGCAGCUGGUCAACACCACGCAGAUGGACCUCUUGUUAGAGUCGUGCCACUUCAUCCCGGAGGGCGGGGUGGAGGCGUCGCUCCUCGGGGGAGGCGAGGGCGGCGACCCCCUGGCCGCAUCGCCGUGGGACGAGGACAAUGAGACCGCGGACACCGCGAGGGACGGGGGGGCAAGACCACCUCUCCAGGGAGAAGGAGAAGCGGAAAGCGGGGGGGUAAGAACGAGUACCGCGACGACGAAGGGGGCUCGGAGGAGAGAUCGCUGGUGGAGGGGUGGCGGGGGGAACGGACGGGGCCCGUCACCGGGCGGGGGGGCGGGGGCGGAAGGGAAAGCACCGCCGCACGACGACCGCUGCCUACUGACGGCCGUGGAGCGCUUCGACGGCCGCGUGCUCCUCCGCCCCGAGGAGGGUCACCAGCUGAUGUACUCCGUGCGUCCAAAGGAAGAAACCACGCCCCCCCCCCCGGGCAAGGAGGGAUAUUUGGACGCCGUUCGUGGGGAUGCGCGGGCGGGGGGCGAUGCGGGGGAGGGCGGGUUCGGGGAGGGGAGCCACACGCUGGGCCGGGUGGAAGUGUGCUGGAGGACGACCACGGGGGAGUCGGGGAGCAUUCGGGGCGGUCCGGUGGUGUUCGAGGCCCCCGAUCGACCGGAAGUUGAGGUCACGGUUGACGGGCUUCCGGACGUGCUCAAGCUUGGGAGAGUCGCAGAGUGCGUGGCCACCGUGCGCAACCGGUCGAAUCGGCCGAUGACGCUCCAGCUUCAGUUCCGCACGGACGGCAUGGUUGGGGUCUACGUGCACGGCCAGAGCUUCCGGAAUCUAGGCGAGCUCUUACCGGGGACGUUUGUGCGGUGUCCCCUGCAGCUACUGGCGCUUGUCGCGGGUCUGCACGAACUCCGGGGCUGCACCGUGGCAGAUAUGCACACGGCGCAGGAGUUCGCCCAGGGAAAACUCAGAGAUAUUUUGGUCGAGUUUCCAAACGAAGAAGACGAUGAGCACGCAGUGCCAGGGUUGUAG